AUGGGAGAAAACUUGACCGCUGAGAGCUUCGCCGAGUUUGGCAUUGGAUUCUUGUUCCUUACAGUGCGGCUCAUUGCUCGGCUGCAUAUGGGAGGCAUUCGUGGGUUGCGGUUGGAUGAUGCCUUUGCGGUUGCGGCCAUGGUCUUUUGGACCAUGCAAACAAUCAAUAUCUAUUUGCUAGAAUUGUUUGGCAACAACAUUGGCCUCACUGCAGUCACUGCCAUGGAAGUCCCCGACUCCAAGGUACCAAAAAUGAUUCUGGGUUCCAAAUUGGCCUUUAUGAACUGGAUCUGGUACAUGUCAUACAUUUGGUGCUUGAAGGGCGUCAUGUUGUGUCUUUACUGGAAGCUCACUCCCUCACAGUCAAUGACAGACUACUGCACCCUGAGACAACCACUAUACGUCGUCAAUGCCACGCUCAACGUCCUAUCCGAUUGCUGCAUCUUAGUGAUUCCGAUACCUGUGCUCGCCAAGCUCCAGGUACCCCUCCAACGCAAGAUGAUCCUGGUGGUAAUGUUCUCCUCGGGCAUAUUCAUCAUGAUCUGCACCAUCCUGCGCGCCUUCUACUCCCUCAGAGAUAUCAGCGAUCUUUCCACUGCCCUCGGCUGGGCCGAUCGCGAGUGCUUUGUCGCCGCCAUCGUUGUCUCCUUGCCCGGUAUCAAGCCACUCUUCCGCAACACUCGCUGGCUGGGCUCCUCAAACCGCAAGACCUCCAAGAACCCGUACUACAAUAGCGAGGGCUACAAUAACUUCGGAUCGAGGGCAUCCGGGAAGACCAAGACCUUCAUCUCCUCGCGCCGCAGCGGCAGCCACGGCAACCACUACGAACUGGACACCGUCUUGCGCACCGAGAAAGGGAGCCGUGUGUCGUCCGGCGAUAGCGAGGAGUAUAUCCUGGAGAGCGCGAAAGGCGCGCAGAUCGCGUCGAGUCCGGCGCAGAGGGAGAGUAGCCCGCGCGAUGGGCUUGCCAUCCAUGUCACGACGGAGUACUCGCUGGAGUCGGAACAGGGCGAGGCGAGUCGGGCAUCAAGGUCUCCUGGAAUGUAG